GUGAUAGGCGCUGGCAUCAGCGGUCUGUUGACCUGCAAAUAUCUUCUCCAGAAGGGCUUCCAUCCGGUGGUCUUCGAGGCCGACAACUCCAUCGGUGGCGUUUGGGCCAAAAACACUCUUGAUUCAACCCGCCUCCAGUCACCGACAUCAGCCUACCGCUUCUCGGACUUCCCAUGGCCGGAGACGGUCAUCAGAAAUGGAAUGCCCCAUCAGAAGGAGGUUAUGAAGUACAUAGCAGAUUACGCUCGCCAUUUUGAUCUUCUCCGCUAUGUAAGGCUCGGGGAGAAGGUGGUGAGAUUGGAGUAUGUCGGCGUGGCGGAGGAGGAGAUGGGAGGAUGGAAACUAUGGGGUGGCACCGGCCAAGCCUUUGCCGGCGCCGGCGGUGGUCCUGGAGUUUGGCAUGUCACUGUGCAGCGAGCUGAGGAUGGCUCUGUCGAGGUGCAAAUUGUAGACUUUGUGGUACUCUGCUUGGGCAGAUUCUGUGAUCUUCCAAAUAUCCCCAGUUUGCCGAAUAACAAAGGUCCUGAGGUCUUUGAUGGCAAGGUUAUGCACUCCAUGGAGAUAGCCAAAGUGGGCAGUGCAGCAGCUGCUGAUCUUAUCAAAGGAAAGCGUGUUGUCAUCGUCGGUUAUCUUAAAUCAGCACUUGAUGUUGCUGCAGAAUGCUCUAAUAUCAAUGGUACAUCUAAUCUUCAUCAUCGUCAUUGGCCUUAUGUUUUUGCUACAUUUGUUGAAUUUUGUAAAUGCAAGCCUACUGCUUGCGAUGUUUACCAUAGCUUCUUUCAGGCUAUGACCACUUGUUUGGUGGCAAUAUUACCAUAUAAAUUCUAUGAGAAAGUAGAAGAAGGAAGCAUUGUGCUCAAGCAAUCAAAGAGCUUUGAGUUUUGUAAGGAGGGAAUCAUUGUUGAAGGUGACUCAACACCGAUUAAGGCUGAUUUGGUGAUAUUUGGCACAGGGUUUAAGGGUGAUCAGAAGCUUAUUGACAUAUUUGCAUCCCCACUAUUUCAAAAUCUCAUGGCUGGCUGCUUGGACUCUACUGUCCCUCUAUACAGGGAAUGCAUUCAUCCAAGGAUACCACAAAUGGCAGUAGUAGGAUACUCAGAGAGCCUUGCAAACCUUUAUACUUCUGAGAUGAGGGCAAGAUGGGUGGCACAUUUCCUUGAUGGAGGAUUUAGACUACCAAGAAUAGAUCAGAUGGAGAAAGAUGUAACUGAAUGGGAAAAGUUUAUGAAAAGAUACUUACAUGAGUAUUAUAGGAGAUCGAGCAUUGGCACAAUUCAUAUCUGGUAUAAUGAUCAUCUUUGUAAGGAUAUAGGUUGCAAUCCUAAAAGAAAGAAGGGAUUCUUAGCAAACUUGUUCCUUCCUUAUGGUCCUUUGGAUUAUGUGGGAGUUGGGUCAAAUGAGAAGUAAUGGAUUUUUUUUCAAAUUUGAUAUGUUGUUGUUAAAUAGGUGGUGAGGGAGUAGUUGUGAGUGAUUUGUGUAAAGAAUAUGCAAGGAUUAAAUGUUUAUGUUUGUAUGUAUGAAUGAAUGAACUAUAUGUUAAAUUUAUAUUUUUGAAUUUUGUUAA